AGGCCAAAAAAACAGAACAUUACACAACAAGGGACAGAAAAGAGUGUUCCAGAGUUUUAACAAACAACAUUGUAUUAAGCAUCUUCAGAAACAACAACAAUGGAAGGAACAAAGAAGAGAGUGUUUGCUUCAUCAAUUUCACCAACAAUGGUGUUUCUAUUUCUGGGUUUUGCUGUUCUUCUCAUUUUACCAAUGGCAUCAGCUACAAGGUUUACAGUUGGUGGUAACAUGGGUUGGACCACAAAUUUCAACUACACUACUUGGGCUAAGGGAAAACAUUUCUACAAUGGUGAUUGGCUUUUUUUUGUGUAUGAUAGGAACCAACAGAAUGUACUAGAAGUGAACAAAACAGAUUACGAAGCUUGCAACUCAGAUCAUCCACUUCACAAUUGGACAACCGGAGCUGGAAGAGAUGUCGUACCAUUGAACGUGACUCGACAUUACUAUUUCAUAAGUGGCAAAGGAUUUUGUUUUGGUGGAAUGAAAAUUGCUGUUCAUGUUGAAAAUCUACCACCACCACCAAAAGCUUCACCUAUAAAAUCUUUUGCACCAACCCUUUCUUCUAAAGGACAUAUCUUUCUCAUGCCUAUUGUUUUUGCUAUUGGUGCAGCUUGGGAUUCAUUCAUUUAUUUAUGGUAACUUUGUUAUGAUAUUUAUUUUACAUCCUUAAACAAUGCCAAAUGGUGUUACAUUUGUUCAUGAUGUGUUGUAUUAAUUUAUGAUAUUUUUUUGUUUUGGUGGCAAUUGUUGGUUGCAUUAUUAGUUGUUGACCUUAAAUGAGGUUAAGGGUGAUGUUUUCUAGUUGUUAGGUAGUGUUUGGUGUUUGAUUUUGAAAAUGUAAUGUAUUUCUAUUUGUGAUGUUAUGAUCAGAAAUAUGUCACAAACUUGUUUGAUUUAAUUUAUUGGAGAAAUCAAAUGCAGAAAUUGUGGAAA